CCUGUUCCUCCUGCUAUUCCUCAUGGCGGCCAUCAAGCGCUUCACGCUGAAGGUAUGGCAGUCCUUCCUUGCCAACGCUGGGCAUGACGCGAACGUCUUCGGCAAACUGGAAUUCCAGAAAGUCCGGCCGGGCGAGGUGGUAGUAGCGUUGCCCCUGGAACGCAAGCAUCUAAAUCGGAACAUGACGCUACACGGGGGCGUGAUCGUCUCCCUGACCGAUACGCUAGGAUCGAUGGCGCUGACCACACGCGGGCUGUGGCAGACGGGCGUGAGCGUCGAUAUCCACACUUCCUUUCUCCGCCCUGCGGGCGUGGAGGGCGACGUGAUCCACGCGAUGGCUAGGGUGGAAUCCUUUGGGAAGACGCUAGCGAGCACACGUGUGGAGUUUUAUAAUUCCCAGGGCAAGCUUACUGCUUUCGGGAGUCAUACAAAGUUCAUCGGAGCGUCAUUGGCGAGUCACAAGAACGUCAAGUUCUCAGAAGACGGGGAGACGGUAAUCGAAGGGAAUGAUGACGGGUACACGCCUCCCGAGGGAAAGGGGGAAGGCCCGGAGAAGUCCCCUUGAACGGAGAAAGAUGGGAAGAACAACUCUAUCCGCUUGUCAUCCCGCACAUGCGAGGCAGCGCACUCCGCCCUCGCACUGGUAAUAAUAGAUGCGUGUCUCUU